AUGCUCAAGAGACUUCUGUCACGAUCCAUAUGUGUGCUCGACAUCCAAGACUAUUGCGGCCUCUGUUACCUCUUCGUCCUUGCACCUGCAAUGCCAUCAUCCAUCUUAUCUCUCGUAACGGCGAUCUUUGUGUCCCUAGCACGGUAUGAAAGACAACUUUUGAUUUUCUUGACAUUCGGCCCAUCAUUGUCCGGCGACAUUGUGCGCGCAAGCAGGCAGGCACAAAGGCCGAAACCUACUUCGCCGCUUGGAAGGCCCCUCUCUUCGCCUCAAUCUGCAUUUCGCUUUCGCAUAUAUCAAUAUAAAUCUCCGGUCUGCGCUCCGAUACGGGCCCCUCCUCUCGGAAAUUCGUCAAAAGUCAUGAUCUCCAUGUUUCUACAAGACCGUUCUAUCCUCAUGGUCAACAUCCGGGCUUCACCGCAUUUUGGGACGAGGCAAGAAACUGUGCAUUUGGCUGAUGGAUCGUCCCUGUAUAAAAUGACGCAUGGCUCCGACUACCACGAAAUAUUUUUAGAAGGAGAAGCGAGAUCUGCGGUUAUUGGCAGGACGAUGUUGUUCAACCGGGACGUCUUUUCAACCCACUUUGUAGACUGGUCGUAUUACGCUCUGGGUGUCGAGGCUUACUCGCUCUGGAUUUACCAUGAUUGGCCGCACAAUUGUCAUAUUCUCGAUUUCAGCUCGCCGCACAAUCAUAACGCUCACCUGCAAGUAUUUCGCCGCGGAGAGGCCCAGGCCUUGAACGUUAAUCCGAGCAUUAGGCUGGGCAUGCGUAUUGCUUUUCGUGUAUGGAACGAUACGGAUAGGCUCAAAGACACACCAAUAAGACCCAAGUUGGAAGACCGUAGACAUCGGUUGCAUUACGAGUGUGGUGGCGAUGACGCGUACGAUGGAAGGGAGGGGAACUAUAUGUGGCGGUGGCGAAACAUGAAGUGGCAGUCCGCACUUUCCAUGGUUCACGCAAUGACUAGUGUUUUGAUGUCUGUACUGAUAUCUGCGCUCAAAUUUUCGGGACGGGCCAUCCUCGGGUCGACAUGA